AAAAUGGCGGUGGAUUGACCGUUCUUCGAGUUUCCACAUUUUCUACCGCAUCUGUGCAAAAGUAUUUCUACUUUAACAUAAGGGAGUAAGUUAUUAUACCACCGGAACUUCAGUGGUUGCAUUCUGUGUCGUGGAAGCCUUCGUUUGUCGUGUCAUCGCUGAAAAGUGCAUCGCUAUUAUCGGCCAGUCUGUGUUGAUCACCGUACCGUUCGUUCAGCAACCUUGUUUCGUGUGGAAAUUGGCUGUCAGCUGUGGUCGCUGAACACAUUGCAGUCUGCAUAUCGGUAUUUACAGUGUAAACAAGCAAUCGCAAAUAUGACUUCUAAAGACAACAAGGAUCCAAGCAAGCGAAUGAGCUUCUUUUCCAAUAUACGAAUGAAGUCAAAGCAGGAGAAAGCGAAUUCCUCUAAGUCAACACCAGCAGAAGCAGAUCAUGUGGAAAAAGAUUUUGAGAGACGUAUGAACAAGGAUUUGACAGAUCAGGAGGUCAUGGCUGCUUUUGAGAGAAUGUUGAUAGAUAUGAAUCUGACGGAGGAGAAAGCCAAACCUUUGAAAAGUAUGGAUAUGGCUACUAAACGAGAAAUGGUUGUACAGUAUAUUAGAAGAUCUGGUGCCAAAGGGGGAGGGAGACGAGACAGCACAACACUGAAACCUAGUGACUAUAUACAAGAACUGAAAAGUGGAAUUAAAGGAGAUCACUUACUACACAUGCUGGAAUCACUGAGGAUAUCAUUGACUAAUAACACAAUAAGCUGGGUACAGCAGUUUGGUAGAACCGGUUUAAAACUUGUGUUGAAAAUACUCAGAGAUUGUUAUGAAUACUCUGGUAAGCUGCAUCCCGAGAUUCAACAUGAAUGCAUACGAUGUCUUAGAGCGUUUAUGAAUAAUAAGUUUGGUAUCCAGACAAUGUUUGCGGAAGAGGAUGGUCUGAUAAAUCUGGCGAGAUCGGUGGAUCCAACACAUGAAGGAACCAUGAUUGAUGCUGUCAAGCUGAUGGCUGCUGUAUGUCUUGUUCCACCUGAUGACUGAAAUGAGAGGCUGAUGGAAUAAAUGACAUUUAAACGACGUCAUAAGGCAUUGUGCUCGUUUGAAUUAGGUCGUGACCCCAGUGAUGAUUUGAAUACGCAAUUAACGGUCUUUGAAGACCAAAAAGAAGAUGACUUGGAAGAACUUUCUCACAGAUAUAAUAAUAUUAGAAUGGAAUUAGAUGAUCCCCAGGAUUUAUUUACCCUUCUUUUAAAUACAACAUCGAAUACCGCUGCAGAACCUUUUUUUCUGUCUAUUUUACAACAUUUACUAUCUAUCAGAGAUGAUACAUAUGCAAGGCCACAGUACUAUAAACUCAUAGAAGAGUGUGUUGCUCAAAUUAUACUCCAUAAAAGUGGAAUAGACCCAGAUUUCAAGUCAACAAAGCGAUUUGUUAUUGAUGUUGAUCCGUUGGUAGAAGGACUGGCGGAAAAAGCUAGCGCCGAACAAAAUGCAGAGAAGGUGUCCAAGCUGCAGAAAGAUUUGGAAGAGGAGUGCACAGCGAGGCAAGAGUCUGAGGCCAAAUUGACGCAGGCAAAUACAAAAAUUGAACAACUGGAGUUGGAUAUGAACAAUUUGAAACAGAAGAUUGCAAGUGGUUCAGUGAACAUGUUAGAUAUUCAAAAUCCUGGAGGAGCACCGAGUACUGGAGCACCACCGCCGCCUCCUCCACCUCCUCCACCUCCGCCACCUGGUAUGGGUGGUCCACCCCCACCUCCACCACCUCCACCCCCACCACCUGGCAUGGGGGGACCACCACCCCCUCCACCUCCACCUCCACCACCUCCUGGCAUGGGUGGACCCCCUCCACCACCUCCGCCACCAAUGCCAGGAAUGGGUGGGGCACCUCCUCCGCCGCCACCACCAGGAGGGGGUGUAUUUGUGAUGGGUGCAGCGCCGUUGUUGGGAAACACUCCGUCACCCCAGGUUAACCAGUUGCCUUACGGAAUGCAAGCCAAGAAGCAAUAUGUGCCAGAAACACCAAUGAAAAGAGCUAACUGGGAUAAGAUCAAUGCAAGGAAUUUAAAGAAAGACUCCUUCUGGACUCAAGUGGAUGAGGGGCGCUUAGAGGAUGAUGAAAUAUUGAAAACAUUGGCAAAGACAUUUACAACAGCAAAACCAAAGAAAAUUGGCGGAACUGACGCAGCUAAGAAAGAACCGGCAAAGAAGAAAGUUAAAGAAUUAAAAGUCCUGGAUGGGAAAUCAGCUCAAAAUCUUUCUAUUUUCCUGGGUUCCGCUAAAUUACCCCAUGAGGAAAUCAAAAGGAGAAUAUUGGAGGUUGAUGGUGUGACUGAAGAAAUGGUAACAGCACUUUUAAAAAACAUGCCAGAGCCAGAACAGUUAAAUAUGUUGCUGAAAAUGAAAGACAAAUAUGACGACAUGAGUGAUCCAGAACAGUUCUGUGUUACGGUAAGUCAUAUAGACAUGCACAAGUGAACAAUUGUUGUUGACAUUCUAUCCUUUGCCUUAGAUUCACUUAUUGAAUUUUUUUCCCCACAGGAUAUUGUUGCAACAACAAAAGCAUGUGAAGAAAUGAAAAAUAGCAAAAAGUUUGGUGAAAUGUUAGAGCUUAUUUUAUUAUUGGGUAAUUACAUGAAUGCAGGUUCUAGAAAUGCUCAGUCUAUUGGCUUCCAACUUAAUUAUCUUACAAAGCUAUCUAAUACAAAGUCAUCAGAUCAGAAAACCACAUUGCUUCAUUUCCUAGCAAAGACUGUAGAAACCAAACACCCGCAUCUUUUAGACUUUGGUGAAGAAAUUAGCCAUGUUGAAAGAGCCUCUAAAGUUUCAGACGAAAAUCUUCAGAAGAAUAUUCAUGAAAUGGGGAAAUCAGUGAAGCAGGUGGAGACAGACUUGAAAUCAUUCCGACAGAAUCCUGAAGGGAAUGAUAAAUUUGGUGAUGUUAUGAAAGAAUUCAUAUCAGCUGCCAAAGACCAGUACGAGGUUCUAAACAAUAUGUACAAAAAGAUGCACCAGCUUUACUCUCAAUUAGGAGAGUAUUAUACUUUUGAUGUCAAGAAAGUGACAACGGAAGAGUUCUUUGCUGAUAUUAAUCAAUUCAGGAUGGACUUCUAUAAAGCACACAAAGAAAAUGUUAAGAUUAGAGAAGCGGAGGAAAGAACUCAGAGGUUGAAAGAGGCCAAAGAAGAGGCUGAGAGAAAGAAGAAGGAAAGGAAUGUGAAGAAAGCACUUGUGGAUAUGAAUACAGAUGAUGACCAGGAAGGUGUAAUGGAUAAUUUGUUACAAGCCCUACAGACUGGUACUGCAUUCAACAGACCUGGUGGUAGGAAACGUACGCCUAGAGCUGCCGGCGCUGAACGACGGAAACAGUUGCAGCGCUCGCGAUCACGCGUUGGAGGGCAAUUACUUCAAGGUUUCCAGGCAAACGACACUAACAAUAGUGACACACCCAAAUCGUCAAGGACUAGAGGGGUAGGGAAAACCCAUGACAAGGAAAACAUGCAGGGGUGUGAGGAUGCGUCUGAUGCGCAGCAGUUGCUUGAAAGGUUGAAAGCACUGUGAGGUUAUAAUCCUACAGAUUAGAUUGUUAGCAUACCGGAGUGUGUGUAAAUAUAUUAGGAAGUACGUUCAGGUGGAUGAUGAUUGAAAAAUCUUGCCAAAGCAUUGUGUGGAUUGGCUUAAUGAAUUGAUUUACGCCAUUUAGGAUACAUGAAUUAUGCACUUGAAGACUCCGCCUACAGAUGUCUGCCAAAUGUCUGCUAAUAGAUUGACUCUCAUCUUUUUUAAAUAAAUGAUUGAUACAAUGAUGUCUAAGCUGAACACUAAAGAGACUGUUUCAGUGAAACCUGUCUAAACUGAACACCAGAGGGACCGUUUCAGUGAAACCUGUCUAAGC